AUGGCCCCCGGAUCCAGUCAAAAGGGAACCAGCAAGAAAAACGCCGCGAUGCAGAAGCAAAGCCGAAAUACAACCCCCGCUCCCGCCGCCGCCGCCACCUCCUCCCUCCCGCCAGCAGAGUAUUACGACCCCGACUACCUCAACACCCGUGUCAUCUUGUUCGCAAACCUCAACUACGAGGACCUGGUCGAUCAUGGAGCCUCCAACGCGACCGUUCCCGACUCCAAAACCGUCGACGCCAUGCUCGAGAAGCUCAAGAGUCUUACCAACAUCAUGGAGAAGCGAUCCACCUUUUACGAUCGUGGCAUGCGACAUCUAGCAGACGAGCGCAAGAACCGCCCGGAUGACUUUGAUCGAAUGCAUGCCAAUGGGGAACCUGAAGGCAAGAAAGUAAAGCAUAAGCGCAAGAAGGGCGAUGCCCAGGACGGAGGUGAUCAAUCCUCGCCAGUCCGGGACUCAAAGCAAAGGCGAGCCGGGUCUCCCAGCUCUCCUCUGUCCCCCAAUGCUGCUGGCUCCCCGACUGCCAUGGAUGUGGACAAGAAGGAAAAGGAAGGGGGUGAUGAGGAUGAAUCCAGUUCCGAAGACGAGGGCGCGCCACCAAAGCGAGAGAUGCCUGCCGCGCAAACGUUUGGCGAAGACCCGUCCACUUUCCCCGACCCGACCAUAUACGAGGUUCGCGAAGUCUACCCUGGCAUCCCAGAGGAGCUGCGAAAGCAAAUUUACUCAGUCGCCGUAUACCCGCAGAGUGACCUCGCCGAUCUCAUUGCAGGCGAUCCCCCGGAUAAGGAUUUCAGCAACGCAAAACCAAGCAGUCAAAUCAAUUUUUCAACCUUCAGUACCUACAUCGAGCCAUUCUUUAGACCCUUCUCCGAAGAAGAUCUCGCCUUCCUACGAGAGCGCGGCGACCGAGCCUCACCAUUUGUUAUGCCGAAGCGAGGCAAGCGACACUAUACUGAAAUCUGGGCGGAAGACGAUGGAGCCAUGUCUCUGGACUCGCCUCAGCAAGGGCGAGACAAGCUCUCGCCCAACAUUCCUCGCGGUACCAUUGAGAACAUGAAUGACGCUGUCGCCGAGACUGACGGGCUCUCUAUUGGGCCUCUCGCAUCGCGCUUGUUGCAGGCUCUGCGUCCCGAGAAUCGCCAGCAGGUGACGGAAGAACGAGCGGCGACGAACGGGAUUAAUGGCGACGCAAGCGUAAAUGGCGACGGCGAUGACCAUGGGCCUGCGGGCGACGAUAAGGCGAUGCCUCCAGCCACCUACAUGACCGAGUCUUCAACGGACGCCUGGAAAAAGGCAACUCAUCCGAAGAUGGAGUAUGCACAGGUUGAGGAGCGACUCAAGCAGGAACUCAGACACAUCGGCUUCCUGCCACCAGAGGGAGAUGGCGACUAUGACGGUCACUUUGACGACGAGGUUGCCGCCCGACUACGUGUGCUGCAAACCCGGCUGAAGGAGCAGAUGCUCAUCAACGGUGCCCGCAAAGCGCGGCUCACCGAUCUCGUACGGGAGCGGAUGGCCCACCAGGAGUACCAGACGAUUUUGGAGGACUUGGAUUCCCAAGUACAGGCAGCCUACCUCAAGAGAACCCGGACCAUGGGUAAGAGCAAGAAGGCAAAGCGGCCGGGUGGUGCAGGCGGCGGCAGCCACGCCGCCGGUGCUGCGGCGGGUAUGGCUCGUCCGGGCAUCGGCGAUCUUACCAAGACGCUGAUGGAGCGCCGACGACGCUGGAUAGACACGAUCGGGUCCGUUUUCGAGGAUGAGAGUCUUCGGAAGGUGCCCCGAGUGGAGGACGAAGGUAGCUCCAUCUUCAAGUCUGCUGAGAUGGCGGAUCUGAUGAAGAAGGAAAAGGAACAGUGGGAUGAGGAUAUCGAGGAGGAGUAG